AGACAUUAUGGUAAAAUACAUCCUAUGUGAUUAAUUUUUUAUUUUCUUUCUUUAUUUUAGAAAAUCUGUAUAUAUUUGGCUGUGAUAUUUAAUAAAAUACAUGUUCAACCAUUCUUAAUAGCUAGUAAAGGAGACAAGAAGUAGAUAUGGAGGUUAAAAAGGGUGCAUUCUGGAGGUGUCAACUUGCUCUAUCUUCCAACUAGACAACUUUUCCAUUUUGGAAAUAACAGGAUCACAUAUUCCUUUUUCCAUUUUUGGUAAUAGCAGGAUCCCAUAAUCCAUUUUCUAUCAUUAAAUUAUAGCAAUUUAUUUAUAAAAUCGUGGAAAGGAAGUGGAGAAUAAGUUUAUUGUUUUAUGUGCCGAAAAUGACAAAUCUUCCCUUUUGGUUGGGUAAAUCUAUUUAUCCCAAAAAAGAGGGACGAAGAGUUGGGUCCUUUCCUGACACUUACUGGUGUGAAAUAUAAUUUAUUUGAAUAAUUUUUAAGCUGCUCAAACACGAGCAUAACUAGAUCUAAAAAAAAAGUAGGUGAAAAUAAUUUAUGGGAAAAUUAUAAAUCUUUUUCUUGCUUGGAUAAAUCUCUUCGUCCAAAAAGUAUGGGAAAAAAAUUGGUUCUUUUACUAGCAUUUAUUGGUAUGAGUAAAAAUUUAUGGGAUUUAAUCUUUAGGCUGUUCAAACACAUGGGAAACUAGAUAUCAAAUGAGUUGGUUUUCAUGAAAAAUAAAAUUUUUGAGUUUAAGGUUUAUAUUUAUACAAUAUUGUUCAUAACAAGCUCUACUAAAAGGGAGGGGUAUCUCUGCUGUAUGCUAAAGUGAUGUUUGGUUUAGGGCCUUUUUGGUAUUGGAGGUAUUUGUGUAAUUUUGGAUAUUCUUAAUCCACUAUACAGAGGAGAAAUCUUAGUUACAAAAUUUCUUCACUGUGGAAAAUUGACAGGUGGCUCCUCGGACACAUUUACUGAAUCAUGGAACAUUCCUUUGUUCCUUUGCUUUCUCUAUUUCUUUUAAUCUUUGUGUGUGAUGUGUGAGCAGAGCCCAAGUAAUGUGGAGAUCAUUUCUGCUCUAUCUCUUCUGGCGUUAAUUAAUUCUAUUAUACUCUUGUUAUCCUUACUCUAAUAGAGCCUCUCGGAAUAUUGCCCAUGACAGAUUUAGGCAUUGAGAAAUCCAUAUUCAUUAAACCAAAAACAUUUCACUUGACUGUACUCAUGUUAAAGUUGUGGAACAAGGACAGAGUAAAUGCCGCUAGCAAGCUUCUAAAGAGCAUCUCCUCAAAAGUGAUGAAUGCAUUGGAAAAUCGUCCUGUCUUUGUGAGACUGAAGGGGCUGGAUUGCAUGAGAGGUUCUUUGGCUAAAGCUCGUGUUCUGUAUGCUCCUGUGGAAGAAAUUGGAAAUGAGGACCGACUUUUACGUGCCUGCCAAGUAAUUAUUGAUGAAUUUGUUGAGGCUGGACUUGUUCUUGAGAAGGAUGCUAAACAAAAGCUGAAGUUACAUGCAACAGUGAUGAAUGCAAGGCAUAGGACAAAAAGGACAAGAAAGCUUGACUUCUUCGAUGCAAGAGGCAUAUUCGAGCAGUUUGGAUCAGAAGAAUGGGGUGAGUAUCUCAUCCGUGAAGCUCAUCUUUCACAGCGAUUUGCGUUUGAUAAAAGUGGUUACUAUCAUUGCUGUGCUUCCAUACCUUUUCCAGAGAGCAUGCAGGUAGACUGAUUAACAUAUAAGAAAGUAUCAUAUAGUUUCAUUAGAGCACUGAAAUCAAGUAUCACAUAGAUUGUUUAUUGAUGACUAAAUCUAUGUCCAACUUUUGCAAAAGUAUUAGUCUGUAUGAUGUUUAGAUCAGAGCAUUGAAUUCUUUGGCAAUAUCAAUGCUCUCUCUCCUGAUUGACGAUGGGAAUUUAACUCAUCAGUUUUACAUUAGAUUUGAUCCAAUUCUCAGUUCUAUUUCUA